AUCAUCAGUUUCUGUAUAACAGAGUGUUCUUCUCCCUUAGGGUUUGUUCAUCAGAUCUUGAGAAAAAAAUGGCUCCAAAGAAGGGUGUUGCAGUAGCAGCAAAGAAGAAGCCGGAGAAGGCGAAAGUGGUGAAUCCACUGUUCGAGAAGCGGCCAAAGCAGUUCGGUAUCGGCGGGGCGCUGCCGCCGAAGAAGGAUGUAACAAGGAAUGUAAGAUGGCCUCGGAAUGUUACCCUCCAAAGGAAGAAGAGGAUUCUGAAGAUGCGAUUGAAGGUCCCUCCUGCUCUUAACCAGUUCACCAAAACCCUUGACAAGAACCUCGCUACAAACCUUUUCAAGAUGCUUCUUAAGUACAGGCCUGAGGACAAAGCUGCAAAGAAGGAGCGUCUUGUCAAAAGGGCUCAAGCUGAAGCAGAAGGAAAAACUCCUGAAACAAAGAAACCUAUUAUUGUGAAGUAUGGGCUUAAGCACAUCACUUACCUUAUUGAGCAGAACAAAGCUCAGUUGGUAGUGAUUGCUCAUGAUGUGGACCCAAUAGAGUUGGUUGUCUGGCUUCCUGCGCUAUGCAGAAAGAUGGAAAUUCCUUACUGCAUUGUGAAGGGCAAAGCUCGUUUAGGAUCGAUUGUGCAUCAGAAAACUGCUUCAGCCUUGUGUUUGACAACCGUGAAGAAUGAGGACAAAAUGGAGUUCAGCAGAAUUUUGGAGGCCAUUAAGGCUAACUUCAAUGACAAGUAUGAAGAGAACAGGAAGAAGUGGGGUGGUGGUAUCAUGGGCUCUAAGUCACAGGCCAGAACCAAGGCCAAGGAGAGAGUUCUUGCCAAGGAAGCUGCCCAGAGAUUGAACUAGGAGCUUGCUGUGAUAAUAUACACUGCAAUUUGAUUAGUGAGAUUCUCUGCCAAGUUUUGUAUUUGGUUCAACAUGCUUCACAAUGUUAAAGAUAUUAGUUUGACACAAGUACCUUUAUGUUUGCCUUGGUAAUGCUUUAUCAGACAUUUUUGUUAGAUAUUUUGUUGAGUUGAUUUUUUAUGGCACCGAAUUCCGCAGUUAUUCAGAUUAUUACUACA